UUUUCGGCAGACACAACAUCUUUGUAUGUGGUGCUGAGGAUCGAACCCAGGCCACACGCAUGCCAGGCAAGCACGCUACCACUUGAGCCAUAUCUCCAGCCCCGGCUCUGAAGAUUCAAUCAGCUGAUGACCAGGACACCCCGGCACUGAGGGGAACUCCUCCAUGGAGUCACAUGUAUCCUUGCCAGGAAGUUUUCUUUCCAGGAUAUGUGUGACAUGACAAGGGGAGCAGAGUCCUAGGGAGAGAAUGUCCUUCACCCAGCUGAAGUCUCAAGGAAGAGGGAUGGGGUGGGCUACAGCAAGGAGCCUGCCAGGGUGGGCCCAAGGUGAGGAGGUUGUGAGAGGCCUCCCUGGUCAUCAAGACCCAUCAGGCCAUGAGAAAGAGAAGGGUGCUGUGGGCAACCUGGGUUGGAAGGCCUGGGCCACAGCAAAUCUGGAGCCUGUGCCCCAUGGCCAGUGGGAUGGCCAAUCUCAAGUUCAUGCUUGGCCCAGGGCGUUUUCUGGAAGCCAGAGUGAUCCAGACAGGAUGGAGCCCAGACUACAGGCUCCUUUCUGGAUGAGACAGACCACCUUCAGGAAGCACCCCGCUGCAUAACAGCCUGGUCAGCACAGGACAUUGCGGGCAUGUGGGUGCUACUCCAGGUCCUACCAUUUCUUCUUUGACCCCUCAUUUCCUCUGUGUGGAAAGAGGUAAUAAUCACUACUCUGCAGAGCCACUAUGAGAACAAGAAAAUGUGAUUCAAGGCAUAGCAUGUGGCAAGAGUCCAGUGAUGGUUAGUUUCCCUCUCCUCUCCCUCUUUUUCUCUCCAGAUAGUACUUCUAGCCAAGUGACUUCAGAUUAGCUCUGAUUAACUCUUCUGCAGAUGAGGAUACUACUACCUCAAGGUUUGAGAGGAGUAAUCAGUGGAUGAGAAGUCCUUGGAAAUUGCUAGAUUGUAGCACCAAAGACUCAUUGACAUUAGCACAAAGCAGUGAUGGACAAGGUAGGUGACAGUGACUGGUGACUCGCUGGUUCUUGGUGAAUCAGAGAUGGUGCUUUACUUUUCAAGGGAGCUAUGAGAAGUAAGUGUGGCUAUGACUGAGCUUCACGGUGGAAGAGCAGAGCUGGGGGCGCCCAGGGAGGUUGCCUUGUCCCUUUGGGCAGCCUCCCACCUUUUCCUGUGAGCUGUCCUAUGCCUCUCGACUCAUGGUCCCUACCUGGCCAAGCCUCCUCAUCAAGCCAAGCUUAGGCCAGCUCUCCAACAAACAGAAGUCUGUCUCUUUAAGACAGACACCUGAGCCUGUGACAAACUUGUGACCUUUUCCUUGGAAUCCCCGGGAGGUAGCAGUUUGUUUUUCAUAGCUGGACUGACUGGGUGGGGAAGCAGACUGGCAGCUGGACUGGCAGUGACCAUGCUCUGGUCUGAGAAAUCACUUCCUCAUGGCCCUGGGAUUCUAGAAUUGGGGAAGGGGGAAUGCUGGAUGUCUGCUUAUGAUACUCACCACAAUAAUAGUGCCAGGGUGAUGGCACACACCUGUAAUCCCAGCAAUUCAGGAGGAGGCCAAGGCAGGGUGAUCUUAGUUCAAAGCCAGCUUCCGCAAUUUAGCAAAAUGUGGUCUCAAAAAGUAAAAAAGGCUUGGGAUGUAGAUCAAUGGUAGAGUAACCCUGGGUUCCAUCCCCAGCACCACAAACCAAACCAAUAAUAGCUAUCACUAACAAAGCACCAAUUUUUUUGCCAGGUCCUGUAAGUGGCCACCUCCUCUGAGCCCCAUGUAAGACUCCAAAAAGAUUUCAAUGUCCCAAGGACAAAUAUUAAAGCCCAAAUUAUGCAAACUCUAAAGCACAAAGAAUUCUAACAAAGUCCAGGCUUUUCCUGUGUUGAUUACUUCAAUGCUAUUUUUUAUAUAUUUAUUAUUGGAGUCUUUCAAAAAGUUGUGGGGUCCCUAUGUUGCUGGUACUUCUAGCACUUACUUGUCCAGUGUGCCUAGGGGUGACUCGGUCUGGAGGCAUUGGCGUUAGAACAAACUUAGGAGAAAAAUAUUUUUUUUCCUUAGAAUUUUUUUAAUAUUUAUUUUCUAGUUCUCGGCGGACACAACAUCUUUGUUGGUAUGUGGUGCUGAAGAUCGAACCCGGGCCGCACGCAUGCCAGGCGAGUGUGCUACCGCUUGAGCCACAUCCCCAGCCCAGGAGAAAAAUAUCGUUACCCUUUUUUUCAGCUGAGGCUCUGGGAAGUUGAGUGAUUUGUCCAGAGUCACCCAGUCAGUUAAACAGCAACAGGGUUGACAGCCCCUUUUUCUGACAGUUCUCACCCUCGGGACUCAGUCUGGUUUAGGACUGCUAAGUUCUUAGAGCUCCCGGGGCUCAAAAGCCAGCAUCUCCAUUUACUGGUGUUCAACUGCUGUCUAUAGUCAAAUCAGUUCUCCCUUCCAUGUUAUUUCCUCCUCUGCAAAGUGGAAACACUAUAAUUCCCUCUUGGUGCUGAUUGUGAGUUAAAUGACACUGGCUCAGGGCAGUAAUGUCACCUACUUACCUGCUGUUUGUAGAACAUCUGGCCUCUUCCAAUUUACUUGUAUCAGUUCAUUGAAUCCUCACAAUACUCACUUUCCAGAAGAGGAAACAGAAACAGUGAGAGGUUAAGUAACCUCUCCAAGGUCACACAGCCCCGAAAUGGUGGGACAGUAAGAGCUCAAACAUAGCUGUUGGUAGAUCAGACUGGACAGACUUUCUGUGAACUCUUCCUACAGUGGCACUUAGUGCUGGGGUUUGUGGCUGUGCUCUCCCUUGCUGGAGGGCUGGGCAUCGCAGCAGCAUCGUGGCACACAGGGGUUCUCUGACCCCUCGGCCCCAGCCUGCAGGACCUGGGGGUGGGGAAGGCACCAUGCCAGGAUCCAGGAUCCGGGGGCGACUGGCGGCAGGCGGGGCCGGGCGGGGCCAGGGAGCCCGUAAAAGCAGCACAGGCCUCAGCUCGGCACUGACACUGCAGCCAUGGCACGUUCUCACCUCCCGCUGGCGAUGGGCCUGGCUCUGAUCGCGUUCUGCCUCCUGGCGCUGUCCCCUGACGCCCGCGCUGAUCUGCGGGGCCGCAGGACUGGAGAACGCCAGGACCUGGCUCCCAACGACCCGCAGGUGCAGAGGGCGGCGCAGGCAGCUGUGGCCAGCUACAACAUGGGCAGCAAUAGCCUCUACUACUUCCGCGACACGAACGUCAUCAAGGCGCAGAGCCAGCUGGUGGCUGGCAUCAAGUACUACCUGACAGUGGAGAUGGAGAGCACAGCGUGCCGGAAGACCAGGGUCUCUGGAGACCAUGUGGACCUCACCACCUGCCCCCUGGCCACAGGGGUGCAGCAGGAGAAGCUGCGCUGUGACUUUGAGAUCCUCCAAGUCCCUUGGAAGAACUCUUCUCAGCUUCUCAAACACAACUGUGUGCAAGUGUAAUCGGCCCCCAGGCGGGAGCGGAUGAAGGGACACAUGGUGGAGGGCACCUCAGAGCCAUCGCCACAUUUCUGCAAUAAAUCACUGGCACUGCUUCUU